AUGGCUGUAUCGAACGACGUGGCCCUAGCGUUCCUGGGCUGCGGCAACCUGGGAAUUGCAAUCCUGCCCGGUGUUCUUGCAUCCAUAACUGAAGCCAGAGACAACGCCUCAUACGCUGCCUCCGGAGAUAUCCCGCAAUCAAUCCCUACAAAGUUCAUCGUCUGUGUCCGCAAGUCUGCCCAGCGUAUCCAGGAUGCCGUUAACAAAUACCCCUCGAUCCUAGUCAAAAUCUUCCAAAAUGACAACAUUAGUGGUGUGAGUGAGGCAGACGCCGUUAUCCUUGGCUGCAAACCCUAG